AUGCCGUCCUCCGACAAGUCACAAAGGGUGCUUGGGUUUGACGGAGCACGGAAGCAGUGUCUGAAGCAGGCAGCGAGGCGAGGCGGAGCGAACCGGAGCGACCGCCAGAACCAGAGACAGACAGAAACGGCACAGGAUGACAAGAGAGACAAAAAAGACAAAACAGCAAGCCGGUCAGCCAAAAAUAAGGCUGAGGUGGAUCGACUGAUCGACUGGUGCCGGACCCCGGAUUCUGCGGUCUGGGACCCGGGACGCGACGUGGGGGCUACAAACGCUGGGUCAUACGCUCGCUGGGCCACUGUCGCUGCUGGCAUGAGGAAUAUUCUCGCUGGCUGGUGCCUAUCUGUCUCUAGGGAAGAGAAGGAAGAAGAGGAGAAGGCGGAGGACAAGAAGAUGUCGUGGUUCAGUGGACGAAGGUGCAACCACGGCCGGCCCAGGGCGCUGUUUGUACAGGGUGCCGUUUGCUCAAUGGCAAAUGCAGUCAUCUACCGGUGA